CACUUCAGUUUGCGGUCAGCCUCUGUCGGGUUUGGUAGGCAACACACAGACAUCAGACAUAGAUAGACGGACGCGAAUCUGCGCCUCUUCUUAGGGCUUUGUAUCGCGGUCGCCGCGCGCUCGGAACAAGGGAAAAUCGACCCGCUUUUGCAUAUCGUUCCGUUCUCGUUUGGACAGUGUUUGACAGGGUUUUAGCACAGGUUUGCGAUUUUUUUUUGUUUGUACCAUCGCUAAAGCUACCACUAAAACGGGUUUUGUGUUGCUUCCGCGGUAUUAGGCCGCAGCCGACGUACUAGAAUAAGAAGAAGCGUCAAUUCUAUUACAAUAAACGACGAUGCGACUUUCGGUUUCGGCAUAAGUGCGCGGAAUUGGGGGUGAAUUGCGAAAGUUGGCCGUGAAUUGAUUGUCAUGGUGAUCGAUGCCCCAGAGUAGUGUGUUUGAUUUCGGUUUUCACCUUUCGAUCGCAUAGAAGUCUGAUCGUGAGGAGAUCAAUCAUACGAAAAAGAGUUGCAGUAGAAAAGAGAUAAUUACAAAAAAAUAUAUCGCCUAUUGUUCAGACGAGAAGGUAUUGCCGAUUCAGAGUUUGGAAAAUGCAUACACAACGGAGCGCGAAGUGAGGAAACGUUAUGCAAAUUUUUCAUCUCAUGUGCACGAAGUGAGUGGAGUGUUUGACUGCGACGAGUGGUGUUACGUGAAGGGGGCACGCACGUGGAUUGGUAAACAAUCGAAAACGCAUACAAUCGCGCAGAGCAGCUACAGAAAUAACAAUAGGAGGAUAAGUGCAAUAGUCUCACGGGAUGCUGUACAGUUUGUGAAGAAGCAAAGUGUGCAAUACAGUGUAGAAUAAUAUCAAGUGAUGAUGCUAUUGUUAUGGUCCAGCACACAGUCGGAGAUAGCAAACCGAGCUAACGAGUGAAAUAUCGAUAAAAUUAAAUUGAGGCAUACGAUGAAGCGGCCAUCGUGAAACCUUGUGCAACAGAUUGGACCGAGCGAUUGUGUUUCAUUGGAAAUCAGCAUCUUGGAUAUAAGCAGCAAAGUUCAACCGAGUGAAACCUGAAUCGUGCAGACGGUGGACAGACGAUUUAUUGGGAAAUCUUUGCCGUUCGCAUUGGAUUAUCUGUCGUAUUGUUGUGACUCAGCUGCGAGGGGUGGCUCCUUUUCCACACUUUUCUACUUUUAGAUCCUCAUUCGACUACUCAGGAGACGAACGUCGCCGGCGGCCAUCCUCACCCGCACAAAACUCAACCGCCUACUACCCGCCCGUCAUCGAAGAGUGAAUAACGACGCGAUAACUUUGGAGUUUCGAUCCUUUUCUCGGAUUGUUUUUAUUUUCGGUUUUAUGAUCUGAUUUCGAACGGCAAAUUUUGUCCGUUUUCGAUUUUUUUUUCGUUUUCAAUUUCUCGAGCAAAAAGUGUUUCGAUGAGGCGGUUUUCUACGCAGAAGAAAAGCGAUCGAGAUCGAUUCGAUUGGAGCCGAUCGGAAUAAGUGCAAUUUCAUGCUGAACAAUUUUUUCCUCCUGUUUUACUGCUCCGAGUGUUUUUCAAUUAGUGGAUGGUUUUGUGAAUCGAUUUGAAUUUUAUUUCCAAGAGUGCCAAAAACGCGGUGGAAAGUGUAUCGUCGCGCGAUGUGAUGCUCUGUUUUGUCGAAGGGAAAUUAUCGGCGGCGCCAGCCCAGUCGACGAAAACGCCGAACGACCUUGGAGAAAGUUGCUGUGUGAAAAAUUGUCUCGAGAUAUAAUCGGAAGCUAGAAGCAAGCGACCGGAAGAAGCAGAAAAAAGAAAAAAAUAAGAAGAAAAAAACAGUGGAAGCAGAACACAAGCACCGGUAGCAAUGCUACGCUCGCCGGCCCACAUAAUUGGGCAUGGACCGACCGGGGCCGGGGCCGGAGGUGUGAUGAGUCUGCACAGUCAUGCGUCGUCGCCGCCGCACGCGCGGACCUCGCUGUUCGAUUCCUGCCACCGGAAGAUACGGCUGAUCGGGGGAGGACCCGUGGCCUUUCUCGGAGGAUUAGUAGCAAAAGCCCGACGCAAGGAACGAGACGGCGACGCGAACCAGGGCGACACAAAGCUAUACCUGGAGGAGGGCGUACUGGAACGGAAGCUGCCCGAUGCCGAUCUGAGGUUACUGGUCGACCUGCCGGCCGGACUAGACUAUAAUGAAUGGCUUGCCUCGCACACGUUAGCGCUUUUCGAGCACGUGAACUUAGUAUACGGAACAAUCAGUGAAUUCUGCACCACAUCCGGCUGUCCAGACAUGACCGGACCAGGAACUAGAAUGUACCUAUGGUUCGACGAGAAGGGCAAGAAGACGCGCGUCGCGGCGCCCCAGUACAUCGACUACGUGAUGACCUUUACGCAGAAAACCGUCAGCGACGAGUCGAUAUUCCCCACCAAAUAUGCCAAUGAGUUUCCUAGUUCGUUCGAGAGUAUUGCUAGAAAAAUUUUACGUUUACUGUUCCAUGUGAUCGCGCACCUGUACGCGGCGCACUUCCGCGAGGUGGCACUGCUCGGGCUGCACGCCCACCUCAAUCUCACCUUCGCCCAUCUGACCGCGCUGCAUAGGCGUUUCAAUCUAAUAGAACCCAAAGAAACCGAAGUUUUACGUGAUCUAGAAAUCGCUUUACGUUUAACCGACGAUCCAGUACCUUCGUCCGCCACCGGUAGCAGUACCGGAAGCAGCAGCACCAGCAGCAACCAACAGCAGCCAGCGGCGCCCAGCAACAACAGCGGGGACAGCGGUUCGGUGUCGGCAACGUCCACCGCGACGACGGCCAGUGCGUGCGCGUCGGCAUCGGUGGCCACGGGCUUGGGCGGUCCCUGUGUGGAGAACAAUAAUAGCAGCAGUAGUGAUAGUGGCGUCGCGACGAUGCACUCGCUCAUAGAUGGCGAUGCGACGGCGCAGCCAAUCUGUAAACAACCGUUAGAAUCGGGCAGUGUAAAUAAUAGUCAUAAUGUUUCUAGUAGUAAUAAAGAACAAAUGAUGCAGACGUGCGGUCCGGGUGGCGGUGGCGGAAGCGGCAGCAGUACCGGAAGCGUCGGUGUGAUCGGAUGCGGCGUCGGCUACGGUGGCGGUGGCAGCACCCAGCAGACCUCCAACACCCAGACAACGGCAUAGUGGAUACGUUGGACGGCUAGUGUUGGCGCCGGGGCCGGUACCAUUUUCCUGCUGGGCGGGGCUGCGUGCUGCGGAGCCUUGCAGCUUCAAACCAAUCUCUGACCAAAAUGUGAUUUAUCCCCUAACAAAAAAAAAACGAAGAGAUGAAAAAUGCAGACAAAAAAAAAAAGAAACCAUAAAAUGAAUCCACAACAAAGUACUAAUUCUUAAAGAGUUGAAAUGAAACACUAAAAACAGUCAAAUAAGACAAAAACCAAUCGAAAUUAUCCAAAAAAAAUUGACAGCAAAGCAACAAAUGCUAGGGUGAAAGCACUACAAUAUUUGAAGAACAAACAACCAUCCAACUGUGUUGAAGAGCGUGAAGCGACUUCCAGUUCUUUUGUUAUUCGUUCGAACAAAUCACUGAUUUGAAAUACCCCCUUCAGUAGAAACAAAAGUAGGGUUGACUAUAUAAUUUAUGUUGUGUUUAGUAAAACUACAUUUAGUUAUUAAGUAAGGGAAAGUGAGACAGUGAAACGCGAAUAUCUUUCCUUGAAAACCGUAUAAAAGAAAACUUAUAAAAUGCAAACUACCAGAGUAUCGUUGUUGGAACGGCAUCAUGCUUAUAAUUUUAGCUAGUGAGAAAAAAAAACCAGUAGAAAAACAAAUACCCUCAUAGCAAACGGAGGAAAAUCAAAUUUUCCCCCUUCCGAUAAAUUCCUUCAAACCGACGAAAAAUUUGAGCGAAUGCUGAUUCCUUUCUUAUGAAGACAACAAUAAUAAUUCAACCAACCAACACUCUCGUGGCAAACACUAAUUAUCCUCGCGGUGUGCAGUUUUCGCCCAAAUUUCGGAUUAAGAAUAAAAAUUGUGAUUCAAAGUAGCUAUGUUUUACCGAGCGCACUUUUGCAAUGCUACUGUCUACUGCUAUUACUACUACUAAACUUCCUUUCUCCCAUCUGUUUCACCCCUCCUUUCAUUUCUUCUUCUUUGUUCUAUUAUCUAUUUUUACUUUUAAAUUAAUAAUUAUUAUUGUUGUUUAUUUAGUUGUCUACAAUUACACAAUUUUUGUGCGGGUUUCGCGUUUCUUGUUAGUGGUUUUAAGUAGACUCCGGCGGGCAACAAACCGAGGAGAAACAGUUCAUACAGCUAAAUAUCAGUACUGCAACGAUUGCACAGGAAAAGAAUACAAUCUGAAACAUACGUAUCGAGUUGAGAUAGUGCUAACGGGAGACAGCAGAAAACUAAUGUAGUAACAACGGCAAACAAAAUUCGUACCAAUCACAGAUGA